AUGACGUGUAAAAAAACUGAUAAAAAAAGGAGGUUAUCUCCUAGGUUGGCCGCUAAAAGGAUGCCUAAAUAUGAUCUUUCUAACAAUACACUCUGUUGUAAUACAUCGGAAUCGUCUUUGUCAACCUGUGAUUCGUUACAGUUAAACACAAACCUUCCUAAGUCAAACGACCGCUUUAGCGAAAAGUUACCGAACAGUUUUAAAAACGAUUACUAUUUAAACAGCGAUAAUGAAUCGGAUGAUAAGUCUGUCUCAAAUGAUGAAAAAAUAUGUAAAAGAUGCGACCAGCUGACGUGUCAACUGACGGAAAUGAGAAUACAGAAUUUUGACAGAUGGUUAUCAGAGAUUAAAACACUGGAGGAUAUGCUAUACAAGAAGGAGUUGAUAAUCGAGGAUUUUAAAAAAACUGUUUCUGAUAAGGAAAACGAAAUCACGAAGCUCAAGAAGGAUGAACUGACACUUAAAAGAAACAACACGAAGUUACACAAUCAAAUUAUGGCCCUCAAAGAACAAAUAUCGUCUAAAGAUUCGGAAAUAUAUGAGUUGGAAUCAACACUUAAGGAAAAGAAUGAUGUGAUAACAAAUCGGAAUAAAACAAUCGAAAAGCUGGAAAAAUUAGCUCAGGAGGACAGUAAGUUGAUUAAAAGACUAAGAUCGAAUGCCAGUAACUAA